AUGAGCUGCCUCAACGUGCCCGGGGUGCAGCCCGGCUCGCCUGCCAAGGCGCGCGGCCAGAUCCAGGUGAUUUUCGGGCCCAUGUUCUCCGGGAAAAGCACAGAACUCAUGCGCCGGGUCCGCAGAUUCCAGAUUGCCCAGUACAAAUGCCUUGUGAUCAAGUACGCCAAGGACACUCGUUACUGCGCCAAUGGGGUCUCCACGCAUGACAGGAAUACCAUGGAGGCUCUUUCAGCCUGUUAUCUCAAAGACGUGCACCAGGAGGCGCUUGGUUCAGCUGUGAUUGGCAUUGAUGAAGGCCAGUUUUUCCCAGACAUUGUGGAGUUCUGCGAGGCAAUGGCCAAUGCAGGGAAGACUGUAAUCGUUGCUGCCCUCGAUGGGACCUUCCAGAGGAAGGCAUUUGGGAGCAUCCUGAACCUGGUCCCCUUGGCAGAGAGUGUAGUGAAGCUGAAUGCUGUAUGCAUGGAGUGUUACCGGGAGGCUUCAUACACUAAGAGGCUGGGCUCUGAGAGGGAGGUUGAAGUCAUUGGAGGGUCAGACAAGUAUCACUCUGUCUGCCGUGUCUGCUACUUCAGGAAGCGACCUCAGCAGGCUGGGCCAGAAAACAAAGAGAACCUGCCUGUGGGGGCCAAACAGGUGGAUGUCCUAGCCUCCCGAAAGGUCCUGGCUUCGCGACAAAUGCCGUGGAGCACAUCAAACUGA